AUGGAGUUCGCCGCCCGUGGCCGAUCAACCGCCGCGGUCGACGGCGUCGGCGACCGCGAUGGCCGCCGCUUUUCCGACCCUCCGCCGCCGAACGGCAGAGACGCUCACUCGGCACCUGAAAACAUGGCGGCGCUGGUGUUCAGGAGGGGGGAGCUGCUGCGGGAGUUCCACAGGGAGCGCAUCCGCCUGGAUAUGAUCUUGUGUGAUCUUGCUGAGACAGAGCGCGCCAUGACAGCGUGCUUAGCAAUGCCUGCAGCGGGGUGGGGUGCUUGGGGUGACAGGCCUUCGAUGCAUCAAUCCGAAGAAACGCUGUACCGAAAUGCGCGGUCAAGCGAGGAAACCUCUUGGUGGUGUGGGAACCCCUCAGAGCCAGUGAUACCUUUUUACCCUCACGUUGAACGGUCACCGUCACCAGUGCUGCAGCAGCGGCCAGUUGAUGACGCUGAGCAGCAAGAACGUGUCAGCUCAUCUAGGGCACUGGCAGUAGCUCCUUCAUCGUGUCCUGAUGUCGAACAACGCUGGUCACUGAGGAAGGAGCCUGCAGUGGAAGCCUUGGUACAAGCUGCCAUCAAUGUCGUUGCGAAUCCAAUGGAGACGGCAUUGUUCAGUCAGAAGGUGACACCAGAGAGCCGAGACGCUGUUAACCAGGAACAGGAACAACAAUUGAAGGACAGCCAUGGGGUGCAGCUUACGGAGAGUGGAAUCCAGAGAAGAGAAGAGCCAAAGUGUCUAGCCAUUGGUGAGGAACACGAAGCAGAAGCAAAGAACAUCCAUGCCAUGCUGUUCAUGGAGAGUGAGCUCCAUAGAAUUGAACAUCCAAUGCAUGCAGCCAUUGGUCAGGAACGCGAAGCAGAAGUGAAGGAUAGCCAUGCCAUGCAGCUGAUGGAGUGUGAGGUCCAGAGGAGUGGACAGCUAAACCGUGCAACCAUUGUUCAGGGACGCGAAACAAAAGGGAAUACCAGCCAUGCGGUGCAGGUGAUGGAGAGCAAACUCCAGAAGAGUGAACAAGUAAAGCGUGGAGCCGUUGGUCAGGAAAACAAAGCUGGGGUGAAGGACAACCAUGAAGUGCUGAUGGAGAUGCAGGUGAUGGAGAGCAAAUUCCAGAAGGGUGAACAGGUAAAGCGUGGAGCCGUUGGUCAGGAAAACAAAGCUGAGGUGAAGGACAACCAUGAAGUGCUGAUGGGGAGUGAAAUCCAGAAAACUGAACAGCCUAACCGUGCAGCCAUUGGCCAGGGACGCAGAGCAAAAGCGAAUGCCAGCCAUGCAGUGCAGGUGAUGGACAACAAAUUCCCGAAGAGUGAACAGGUAAAGCGUGGAGCCGUUGGUCAGGAAAACAGAGCUGAGGUGAAGGACAACCAUGAAGUGAUGGAGAACAAAUUCCAGAAGAGUGAACAGGUAAAGCGUGGAGCCAUUGGCCAGGAAAGCAAAGCUGAGGUGAAGGACAACCAUGAAGUGCUGAUGAAGUGUGAAAUCCAGCGAAGUGAACAGCCAAAGCAUGAAGCCUCUGGUCAGGAGCAUGACGAAGAAGAGAACGACAGACAUGCCGCACAGCCCAUGGAGGAGAGUGGAAUACAGAGCAGUGAACAGCCAAAGCCUGCAGAGCGUACCAUCAAUGAGCGUAUCGGUGAACCAAGGCAAUUAUCUCAUCGAUCUGCGCUGGCUGCCAAGGAGAAAUCCCCACCUAAUGAGCAGAAGAGACAAGUGUUUGAUGACACUAGAACGCAAAUCACGCCCUCUGUGCUGAAGAGGCCGAUUUUCAAACCGACCAUGAUAACUCCACCAGCAAAGAGGCACAAGCCAGUUGACGAUUGGAGUUGCACCCUCUGCCAAGCGAACCUAACCCGUGAAGAAGACUUAACGCAACACAAAGAAGGCGAGCUACACCGGUCGAAACUCGCAGCAUUGCGAGCAAGGCACGAAGCCUCUGGAUUUGACUUGCGGAACCAUCUCAGGGGCAGGAGUCACCAGGAGAGCUUGCAGGCCUUGAACACAGAAGAAGGCGGCAAGUGUGACGUUGACCGCAGGGGUGAAGACCUGAAGAACAAGUUUAUGGGCAACAGAAGGUUUCCUUUCUGCAAGCUCUGCAAAGUGGAGUGCACCAGUCAGAAGGUGAUGCAGUCGCAUCUCGCUGGAAAGAAACACCGGGAGAAUCUUCUGGCACGCCAUUGA